AUGUCGACCAGCACUAACGUCACGUCCGUGCCUACCACCGCCGUCGCCUCGACGUCCAACACCACGUCGCUCAUCGACACGAUGCCGUCGACCAUCAUGACGACAGACGCGAGCUCCGAGAUCUCCUCCGUCACCCACGUCAGGCUUCCGGGUUUCUGGCAACACUCGCCGAUGCAAUGGUUCACGCACGCAGAUGCUAUGUUCGCCAAUAAGCGAAUCCGUUCGGACCUUACGCGCGUGAACCACGUGCUCGAGGCCUUGGACGAGGACGGCGUGCGAACCGUCUCAGACCUGCUAGGUGCCGACGCGUCGUACGACACGGUCCGUCAGCGGCUCGUAACGGCCUACAGUUUGCCACAAGCCACGCAGUUGCAGCGCAUCGUUCAACCGGGCGGCAUGGGAGAUCGCACCCCAUCGCGACUCCUGCGGGACAUGCGGGAAGUCUAUCCCGACGGAAUGUCUGAGACGUCGCUAGUCGCAUUCUGGAUGAGCAAGCUCCCGCCACCCAUCCGCACCGUCGUUGCCGUGCUCUCGGGCUCCGGAGACUACCUGGCGGAACGCGCCGACCGCGUGUGGGAAGCUUACCAAACGGCAGAACUUUCAGCCGUCGACGCCGACCGUCGCGAAUCGAACGCAACGCCUCCCCGACCCAGCCCAGCUAACGCGUCAGAAGACACGCGUUACAGCUCGAUGGAGAACGCCAUCCACGCGUUGACGGCCCAGGCUGGUGCUACUACCACGACCGAUACGGCGCAGACGCGCGAAAAUGUCGCGAUCCGUGCACUUUCGCACCCGCGACGCGGAAAAAUCCGUGAGGCGGCGGUGCUGCAGCAACACCUCGCCGCACCACAGCAAUACCGACUCUUCGUCUCUGACACCCGCACCGGACGUCGAUUUUUAAUCGACUCCGGCGCGGAAAUUUCGGUAUUGCCGCGACCCCCCGACUACACCCGAAACACUCAUAAAAAUUCGAGCAACGAAAUAAGACUCAUCGCCGCAAACGGCUCACAAAUCAAAACCUACGGGCCGAAGCAACUACAUCUCGACCUCGGUUUCAAACGACUAUUUUCCUGGACCUUCGAAGUGGCCGACGUUUCACGACCGAUAAUCGGAGCCGAUUUCCUACACUACUACGGACUCCUCGUCGAUAUACGUCGAAAUCGCCUCGUCGACCUCACGGUGAACAGUUCAGUGAAAAUCACGCCCACGACCGAAUCGUCUCAGACCGCGAUAUGCGCCAUCGCCAGGCCAUCGAAGUGGACCUCUUUACUUCUCGACUACCCCGAGGUUACACGCGAAUCGCCCGUGCCGAAAGAAUUUUUACACGGUGUGGUACACGAACUGCAUACCACCGGGCCAGCUCUUUUCGCCCGACCGCGCCGACUUCCGCCCGACCGACUACGAGUUGCACGUCAAGAAUUCGACUUCAUGCUGCAGAAAGGCAUCUGCAGACCGUCAUCGAGUUCAUGGGCCAGCCCGCUUCUUUUGGUACCCAAGAAGGAUGGUACGUUCCGACCUUGUGGCGACUACCGUCGACUCAACGCAGUAACGGUCGCCGAUCGAUAUCCAUUGCCACAUCUACACGAUUUCACAGCCAACCUCGCCGGUAAGACCGUUUUUUCAAAGCUCGAUCUGGUACGCGCGUAUCACCAGGUUCCUAUCGCCCCCGACGAUGUUCACAAGACCGCGGUCACUACACCGUUCGGUUUGUUCGAAUUCCCCGUCAUGUGUUUCGGACUUCGCAACGCUGCGCAGACUUUUCAACGCGUUAUCAACAAUAUACUACGCGGACUGGAUUUCGUUUUCGCGUAUAUCGACGACGUGUUAAUCGCCUCACGCGACGAGGCCGAACAUAUCAAACACGUUCGUACCGUUCUCGAACUUUUUCAGAAGUACGGUAUCGCAAUUAGCCCGGCGAAGUGCGUUUUCGCGACCGAUUCCUUGCAGUUUCUCGGACACGUUAUCGACAAGGACGCGUGCCGACCGAACGCCGAACGCGUCACCGCGAUUCACGAAUGGACCCAGCCGAACACCAAAAAAGAACUUCAGCGAUUCUUGGGUUCAAUUAAUUUUUAUCGCCGAUUUAUUCCGAACGCCGCCGAGAUGCAAGCACCUCUUUAUGACCUCGCGUCGCAAGUCAAAAAGCGCGAUGGACCGUUACAAUGGACAGACGACACGUCAGCUGUUUUCGCCGCCUGCCGUCAAGCACUCGCCGACACCGCAAGACUCGCACAUCUCGAUCAGAACGCCCCCCUACGCCUCAACACCGACGCGUCUAACUUGGCAGUGGGCGCCGUGCUCGAACAACACGUCAACGACCAGUGGCAGCCCCUCGGAUUCUUUUCAAAAAACUCUCGCCCGCCGAGCAAAAGUACAGCACGUACGACCGAGAGCUGCUCGCCGCCUUUUUGGGAACACGCCAUUUUGUACACAUGA